ACUGAAGAAGGAUCAACUAUGAACUAUUUUAAGAUGUUAAUUAGCAACUGGGUAAGUCAUGAUGAUAUAAUAAGUUGUCCCUCGUCAUUCUUGCAUACAGUCAAUUGCCAAUCACGGCUCAUAAGUGCAAAAGAAAAAUUGGGAAGAUUGAAAUGUUUCAGUUGCUGGAGUUUAUUGGAAAAGAAUAGAUGUGAUACUGUUGGUAUCACCG